GGCGCCGGCUGACGUUGGUUUGUUUGUCUACGUCAUUACGUUGCGUCAGGAGUCGGGCUUCAAUCGCGCACUGACAGGGACCCACUUACACCAACAUGGCAUCCUUCUCCCCGUACCUGGCGGAGGCCAUGCACGUUCCAGGCCGGGACCGGGGCUUCUCCGAGUCCAUCAACCACAACAUGCAGGUCCCAGACCGCCUGGCCGUAGGGGGCGGCCAACCCAGCGCCCGGGGGCGAGAGGAGGAAGCAGAGUCCAGGAGGAGGUCCAAGGAGCCUCCGGCGUCCUACAACAUGCACAUUCCUGAUAGGCUGACGUACACAGAAGCCCCUGAUUUGAGUCCCAGGCCGCAGUUUACGUCGUCCAAGCCGGCAAACUCCCCCCCGCCAACCCUGGAGACAUGCUGGGAACACCAGACCUACCGCGAGGGGGAGUUCUUCCACGGAGAACCCCUGCAUAGUCCGAUGAGGCGGUCGUACAGCGACCAGGGCCUAGGUAGGACGCCGCCCGGGACGCCAACUCACCUCAAACACGUCGGGGCGCUGCACGUGCACCUGGCCAGCCCUCCCCGACCCGGGGGGUCAGUCUGUCAGUACCCCGCGGUCCCCGGUCCUGCUAUGGAGGUACAGGCUCUGCCAGAGCCCCCCCCCGGUCUCCUGUCCCCUUACCCUCUGCUGCAGGGGGCCUGGCUGCUGGGCCAGCAGGCCUCACAGCGCCUCCUGCAGGCCGUCGGCCACAAGUACAGGUUUAAUUACCCAGAAACCCCAGCGCGGGUGAGGCCAGCGGCCGAGGCUUCAGGUCCGGUAAACAAGGGCGUGUCCAGGAAAAGAGCCACGGAGAGCUGGAGUCAGGACGAUGAGGGCGGGGCCGUGGUGGAGUUCAUCGUCCUCAGGAGACAGGUCCUGAAGAUGAGCCGACGACUGGCCGGCCUGGAGCGGCAGAACACUGAGCGGAGGAACACAGAGGCGCUGCUCUUCUCCCUGCUCCUCUCGGCCUGUCUGCUCAACGGCUGGCUCUGGAUCCGCAGAUAACGCCCCGGAUAACGUAAAGAAGACGCUCGGAUAACACCAUCGGUAGAGCCCUCUCUAAUCUAAGGGUGAGACCGUGACAUCGUCCUCCAUGAAAGCCUCCUAGCCAGGCAGCUUCAAACCCAUGAAAACUGUGUCGUGUGUUCCUUCUAAGUUAUUACGACCGGCACGGGCACCAUGUCGAUUUAUAUAUCACGUUGAUAAUGUUGAGUACCGGAUCAGUUCUGUGGAAGUAUAUAUUUCAUGGCUGUGGAUAGGCUCCGGGGCUUUUCGGUCGUUUUCGAACCCUUCUGUUUGUUUGAUGUGCAGAAGAAAGUCUUCUCGCUAUAGCCGGUGGAACCGUUUGGACGCAGAGGGCAGGUGUCUCCCCACCUUUAGUCAUAUUUUUGUGUAUGUAUUCGUCCAUUAUGCAAUUUCUUUGUCCAUCAAUAUUUAAUACGGCCAGUCAAUUGGACUGGAAUUGUGUUACUGAAAAAAUACUGAACUAUUAUUAUUAAUAUUACUAAACAAUUGAGACAUCUUUUCGUUCACUGCGGCAGAAGGACAAUCUAAAAUGUCAAAUUUGGUUCUGGUGCACUGGUGGAGAUAUUUCACUAAAACUAAUCAAAAUCUCUAAUUAAAAUAACGUCAUUCAUGCUUACUACAUACAAUUAUGAGAUGGCAACAGGCUUUUUUGCUGUGGAACCAAGUGCACGAAAUCUAUUAAUAUGUAUCUUUAUGAAGAUUUGCUCACAUUUUGCCAAGCACAUGUGCCGUCCGUUCUAUUGAAGUGGAGGUUGAGGUGAUCCUUUUACGGUGUAAAUUUAAAGUUGGUUGCAGCUCUGCUUUGGUGGGGAAGUUGAGACUUUGGAACUAGAAGUUUCAAUGGAGGGACCUCAUCGGUUACAUCCUACGACACUCCGAAGUGGCUUCCUGUUUCCCAGUGUCCCAGGAAUACAGUUUGUGUUGGGAAGAGUCUAUUGGAAGACGCCCCAACCCAAUUCUGUCCCACGUUUUGUGUGCACGUGGGGGUUUUUGAAUUCCAACCAUCCACUGAUGAUCAAAACGUAUGAAUGGAUUGAGUUUAGGAAGUUGCUGUAUUUGCUGUUUAACAUUCAAUAAAUCAGAUUUUCUAUCUAGUAA